AUGUCCGAGAAUGAACAGACCAUUAACACCAUUAAAACCCCUACUAACGAAACACUCGAAGCCAACUAUAUCGCCUUAAUAGGAGAACGAGUAGAACUUAAUUAUAAGUGUUCGGUGGCUGCAACUCCGUGGAUCACGUCUGUUUCCUGGCAACUGAUUUUGCCUGGAGGGCGAUCCGUUCCGCUGAUUAUAGACCAGCGGAAGUAUAAAGGAUCAAACCCGUAUGACCCACACUUAGUCGUCAAUGAACUAACGAAGGAUGAUGAAGGCGAAUAUGUGUGUACCGUAUCCAAUUUAUGUGGGAAAGGCCAGAGUGCACUUACUAAGCUGAACGUUGAAGGAGGUACCCCUACUGUCGAAACGCUCGAAGCCAACUAUACCGCCUUAAUAGGAGAACGAGUAGAACUUAAGUGUUCGGUGGCUGCAAUUCCGUGGAUCACGUCUGUGUCCUGGCAACAUAUUUUGCCUGGAGGGCGAUCCGUUCAGCUGAAUAUAGACCAGUGGAAGUAUAAAGGAUCAAAUCCUUAUGACCCACACUUAGUCAUCAAUGAACUAACGAAGGAUGAUGAAGGCGCAUAUGUGUGUACCGUAUCCAAUUUAUGUGGGAAAGGCCAGAGUGCACCUACUAAGCUGAACGUUGAAGGAGGUACCCCUACUGUCGAAACACUCGAAGCCAACUAUACCGCCUUAAUAGGAGAACGAUUAGAACUUAAGUGUUCGGUGGCUGCAACUCCGUGGGUCACGUCUGUUUCCUGGCAACAUAUUUUGCCUAGAGGGCGUUCCGUUCAGCUGAGUAUAGACCAGCGGAAGUAUAAAGGAUCAAACCCUUAUGACCCACACUUAAUCAUCAAUGAACUAACGAAGGAUGAUGAAGGCGAAUAUGUGUGUACCGUAUCCAAUUUAUGUGGGAAAGGCCAGAGUGCACCUACUAAGCUGAACGUUGAAGGAGGUACCCCUACUGUCGAAACACUCGAAGCCAACUAUACCGCCUUAAUAGGAGAACGAUUAGAACUUAAGUGUUCGGUGGCUGCAACUCCGUGGAUCACGUCUGUUUCCUGGCAACAUAUUUUGCCUAGAGGGCGAUCCGUUCAGCUAAGUAUAGACCAGCGGAAGUAUAAAGGAUCAACACCGUAUGACCCACACUUAGUCAUCAAUGAACUAACAAAGGAUGAUGAAGGCGAAUAUGUGUGUACCGUAUCCAAUUUAUGUGGGAAAGGCCAGAGUGCACCUACUAAGCUGAACGUUGAAGGAGGUACCCCUACUGUCGAAACACUCGAAGCAAACUAUACCGCCUUAAUAGGAAAACGAGUAGAACUUAAGUGUUCGGUGGCUGCAACUCCGUGGAUUACGUCUGUUUCCUGGCAACAUGUUUUGCCUGGAGGGCGAUCCGUUCAGCUAAGUAUAGACCAGCGGAAGUAUAAAGGAUCAAACCUGUAUGACCCACACUUAGUCAUCAAUGAACUAACGAAGGAUGAUGAAGGCGCAUAUGUGUGUACCGUAUCCAAUUUAUGUGGGAAAGGCCAGAGUGCACCUACUAAGCUGAACGUUGAAGGAGGUCAAAUCGAGGAGCCCAUCCCAGACAUGGUUACCAAGGAACGUAUUGUAAGCCGACAUGGACAAAUGGUGAACGAUUUAUCUGACAUUAUCUGUCCUGAAGAAAAAGACCAAUGGGCCAAAUUCACAGAAUUGCUAAAAGCGUUUGUGCCUACGAGAGAACUUUCAAAAAGCUUCCACAAAAUUAUAGACUACCUCAUGCAGCAGGAAAUGAUCACAUACGGUCAUUAUGACAAGCUGGCUGAGGUUGUUUAUCAAACACAUAAAAACGACUUAGACAUCAUUAGGAAGGCAGAAGCUGAUAUAAGAGUACUGGAGAGAGGAGUGACCAGCGAAGAACCAGUCGUCAUUGAAUGCGUCUAUGGUGGUGAAUACAAAUCAGAAUUACUAAAUAAAUGGGUCAGUCAAAUAAAAGCAGUGUCGCCACAGCUCAAACGCAGAAUUACAUGGAGCGGUUGUUCAGGUUCAAUUGUCCUUAGGUUGACAAUCAGCGGGGCAGAGACGCCACACGAACUGUCUGCAUUGUACCUAGCAGAGAAGGUGAAAGUGUAUCUACAAAAAGAAAGGAUUGUAUUGAAGGAUGAAUCUGGCGAACCUCUGAAACUACAGACUACACCGAAAGUAAUGAUACCGACAAAAGAAACACCAACCGUACGCUUUAGUAAAGGAUAUUACCAAUUCGCAGAAGGUGAAACUGCUAUUGUGAGAUGUGCUAUGGUCCUAAACUCGGAGGUCGAAUGUAUUGAGUGGUUUAGGGUAAAAGAUGGAACAUAUCAUGCUAUCCGCAUUAACAAUAAAAAAUACUUUGGCGGACCAAAAUCUCCAUCCCUUUGUAUCAGCGAUUUGAACGAAGAUGACAGAGGAAUGUAUAUCUGCAGGAUAAGCAAUGGUGCAAGUAAAGCUGAAAGCGAUAUUGCGUAUAUCGAAAUACAAAGUUCAGGUCUAUACAAAGCCAACUCAGAGGAACUCAUGAAGGAGCGAAUUGCACAUGAGCAUGCAAAAAUGGUUACGAAAUUAUCCGAAUAUAUUUCCCCAAAACUGGAUACUUGGUCAAAAUUCAGAGAGUUAAUACGUUGGGCUUUACCUACGGCAUACCUUGAAGAGGACUUGAACUCUAUCGUAGAAAGCCUAAUGAAGAAACAUCAUAUUGAUUAUGGUCAAUACCAAACAUUGUAUGAAGCUGUCGACAAAUUUGACAGGAAUCCAUCAAUCAUCAUUAAGAGUGCAGAAGCACGUAUAAAAGCAAUAAGAGAUGGAGGUAAGCACCUAUAAAACUAAAACCCACUAGUUGUUUAUGAGGUACUGAUCACAACCCUUACAUUUAUUUGUCGUAC